AUGGUGAUAUCCAUUUUUCUGGGCUGCAUUUUGUUAGAAGACUCCAUCAGGAUAAUCAUUGAGGUAGUCACCAGCCAAAACAAGGAAGUUCCGCGUACAAAUGUCCAGUACACACAGUCACCAGCCACACCAAGGAAGUUCCGCGUACAAAUGUCUAGUACACAGUCACCAGCCACACCAAGGAAGUUCGGGGUACAAAUGUCCAGUACACACAGUCACCAGCCACACCAAGGAAGUUCGGGGUACAAAUGUCCAGUACACACAGUAACCAGCUACACCAAGGACAUUCCGCAUACAGAUGUUCAGUACACACAGUCACCAGCUACACCAAGGAAGUUCCGCAUACAGAUGUCCAGUACACACAGUCACCAGCUACAUCAAGGACAUUCCGGGUACAGAUGUCCAGUACACACAGUCACCAGCCACACCGAGGACAUUCCGGGUACAAAUGUACAGUACACACAGUCACCAGCCACACCAAGGGCAUUCAGGGUACAAAUGUCCAGUACACAGUCACCAGCUACAUCAAGGACAUUCCGGGUACAGAUGUCCAGUACACACAGUCACCAGCCACACCGAGGACAUUCCGGGUACAAAUGUACAGUACACACAGUCACCAGCCACACCAAGGACAUUUCGGGUACAAAUGUCCAGAACGCAGUCACCAGCUACACCAAGGAAGUUCCGUGUACAGAUGUCCAGUACACACAGUCACCAGCUACACCAAGGAAGUUCCGUGUACAAAUGUCCAGUACACAGUCACCAGCUACAACAAGGACAUUCCGGGUACAAAUGUCCAGUACACACAGUCACCAGCUACACCAAGGAAGUUCCGCGUACAAAUGUCCAGUACACACAGUCACCAGCUACACCAAGGAAGUUCCGGGUACAAAUGUCCAGUACACAGUCACAAGUUACACCAAGGAAGUUCCGUGUACAAAUGUCCAGAACGCAGUCACCAGCUACACCAAGGAAGUUCCGUGUACAGAUGUCCAGUACACACAGUCACCAGCUACACCAAGGAAGUUCCGUGUACAAAUGUCCAGUACACAGUCACCAGCUACACCAAGGACAUUCCGGGUACAAAUAUCCAGUACACACAGUCACCAGCUACACCAAGGAAGUUCCGCGUACAAAUGUCCAGUACACACAGUCACCAGCUACACCAAGGAAGGUCCGGGUACAAAUGUCCAGUACACACAGUCAUCAGCUACACCAAGGAAGUUCCGUGUACAGAUGUCCAGUACACACAGUCACCAGCUACACCAAGGAAGUUCCGUGUACAAAUGUCCAGUACACACAGUCACCAGCCACACCAAGGAAGUUCGGGGUACAAAUGUCCAGUACACACAGUCACCAGCUACACCAAGGAAGUUCCGCGUACAAAUGUCCAGUACACACAGUCACCAGCUACACCAAACAAGUUCCGGGUACAAAUGUCCAGUACACAGUCACAAGUUACACCAAGGAAGUUCCGUGUACAAAUGUCCAGUACACACAGUCAUCAGCUACACCAAGGAAGUUCCGUGUACAGAUGUCCAGUACACACAGUCACCAGCUACACCAAGGAAGUUCCGUGUACAAAUGUCCAGUACACACAGUCACCAGCCACACCAAGGAAGUUCGGGGUACAAAUGUCCAGUACACACAGUCACCAGCCACACCAGGGAAGUUCGGGGUACAAAUGUCCAGUACACAGUCACCAGCUACACCAAGGACAUUCCGGGUACAAAUGUCCAGUACACACAGUCACCAGCUACACCAAGGAAGUUCCGCGUACAAAUGUCCAGUACACACAGUCACCAGCUACACCAAGGAAGUUCCGGGUACAAAUUUCCAGUACACAGUCACCAGCUACACCAAGGAAGUUCUGUGUACAGAUGUCCAGUACACACAGUCAUCAGCUACACCAAGGACAUUCCGGGUACAAAUGUCCAGUACACACAGUCACCAGCUACACCAAGGAAGUUCCGUGUACAGAUGUCCAGUACACACAGUCACCAGCUACACCAAGGAAGUUCCGGGUACAGAUGUCCAGUACACACAGUCACCAGCUUCACCAAGGAAGUUCCGGGUACAAAUGUCCAGUACACAGUCACCAGCUACACCAAGGAAGUUUCGUGUACAGAUGUCCAGUACGCACAGUCAUCAGCUACACCAAGGAAGUUCCGUGUACAGAUGUCCAGUACACACAGUCACCAGCUACACCAAGGAAGUUCCGGGUACAGAUGUCCAGUACACACAGUCACCAGCUACACCAAGGACAUUCCGGGUACAGAUGUCCAGUACACACAGUCACCAGCUACACCAAGGAAGUUCCGCGUACAAAUGUCCAGUACACACAGUCACCAGCUACACCAAAGAAGUUCGGGGUACAAAUGUCCAGUAUUAAAUAUACACGUAGAGAAGUUGGCUAUUGUUGAUAUAAUCACAAAUUGUUUGCUAAAUCAUUCUAACAACCAAUAA